AAGAAGCAGCUGGCGCAGGUGGUCUUCAAGGUGUACACCAGCCGCCACCCGGCCAUCGAGAACGUCGAGCCGCCCUUUCUCAAGCCGCUGCUCAACUUUAUCUUCUUCCUCCUCUCUGCAAUUGACAAUCACAGCGGCAAGACCAACGUCUUCAACGUCCUCUGCAGCCUCUACGAGAAGUCGCUGAAUCGUGAUCCCUGCUACAAGGAGUACCUCGACCAGAUUGGCGAGAUCUACUUUGGCCGCGAGAGAAAGCAGAAGGCCCCUGCCGGCGGCAUCUUCUCCAAUCUCUUUCAGUCGCUCUUUAACCCCGACAGCGACAAGCAAUCACCUGAAAAUGGAAGUGGUGGUGGAGGUGGUGGCAGCCUCGACUCGCCAGGACUGUCAACCAGCUCCACUUCCGUUGCGAAUAACCAGUUCAUCGAUGAGCUAGACUAA